AUGGGGCUUGAUCCCACAACCCUGGGAUCAUGACCUGAGCUGAAAUCAAGAGUCAGACACUCAACCCAGCUGAGCCACCCAGGCGCCCCGAGACAGAUUUUAAACGUAGAGCAGACUGACUCAGGCUGUUCUCCUCCUGCCAGACGCCAAAGAGCUUCUCCCCCAUAAUGGGCCACUAAGGCAGACUUUUCAGCUCUGCGGACCCCAUUGUUCUAUGCCCGGAGCUCGGAAUGGCAGGAGCAAGGAGUGUGGCAGGUGUGGCCUGGUGUCCCCAGUCCCUUGGCCAUGUGCUGAAGGUUGGCUCCCUCACCUGCUUCCCUCUUCUACCCCCAAGAGCCCUGUUCUAGAGGAAAGAGUAACAUCUAGAAAGUACAUCAGGUAUAACGGUCCCUUACAUUGAUGGCACUUUCCAUAUUACAAAAUGCAUUUAUAUUUGUUGCUCUGCGAGCAUCACAAACCAUACCGAUGGGCAAUUUCAUAGGUGGGGAACCAGGGACUUGGUGCAAAUGAGAAAUAGAACGUAUAGGGUUGUGAGAAAACACGUGCAGUGGGUUACAGGGAACGCUGUGGUUUCUGCUCUGUGGGCGAGUGCCUGUGGUCAGGGUCUGAGAGCAUCAGGGGAUUUGUUGUAGUGGUUAGGUGGUGGCUGACUGCCCUCCUCCCUCUAAAUAUUCUCUUGAUGCCAUGUCACUGAAUCAAUUUGAAAAGAAGUAAAGCAUUUCUGUCCAAUGGGACUAAGCCAACAAGGAACUGACUUGCCAAAACUGUUUGGCAGAAGACACGUUGCAUUGAAGCAGCAGCCGCUUCUGGUGACAAAUAUACCUCGAAACCUUGGCAAACCAUCUGUUGAAUGUAAGAGAGGGUUUACUGCAUUGUGAUUACCUGUGUAUAUCCUGAGAUCUGUGUCUAAUAUUUACCAGAGAGGAACGCAUGGUGAAUUAUUUCUGACUUCUGACACAUAAUGAAUUUCCAUACGCUCUUCCCAGAUUGAAGCAUUGUCCUCUCGGCAACCUUGGCACAGGUCAAGAAUCUGAGGUUUAUGAGAUGCUACGGAGAAGCAGGAGCUAGAAAAAUAGUCCACCCCAUUCCAAGCUUCUGCAGAAAAUCCUGGAGUCUGAGGAGAAAGGUGACCCGUCUUGCAUGCCGUCGGAGGCUGUUGGUCAAGGCCAGGCGUGUGGAUCAGUCAUUGCUGAAAGACAGGUGCGCAGAGCCUAGCGGCGGGAGGAAAGAGCACAGUGUGGGCCAUUAAACACUGCUAAUAAAAUAAUCUAACUUUGCCUUCGUGCCUUGGUCUGUGUUACAGAAGCUGCAGAUCUGGCUGUUUCCUGUCCCGUGUGCACCGUAUGGCUGAGGGCUGGGUCAAAAUCCACUGAAGAUAAAAAAGUAUUCAAAAGGUUGAAGAUUUAGUGCAUGUUUGAUGAUUAGCUGGAACUUAGUAUUUAUAAAACCUUUGGAUUCCAAGCUUCCAACUGCAUUUACACAAGGUACAACAAUGGAUCUUUUCAUAGUUCUGGUGAUUUAUCUUUCUUGUUUGAUUCUUUUUUUCCUCUGGAAUCAAAACCAUGCCGAAGGGAAGCUACCACCUGGCCCCACUCCUCUGCCAAUCGUUGGAAAUAUUUUGCAGAUAAAUACUAAUAAUGUAAGCAAAUCCAUAAGCAAGGACUCUCAUGUUAACAUUUGCCUUGUGAAAAGAGCACUCUGGUUGCUUUAUGGAGAAUGAAUUGUAAGGUAGCAGGAGGACUCAAACCUUGGACAAGUUGAAGGAGUAAUUUAGUAUACCAAAGAAGCUGCCAUGACAGAAAGACCCCAAUAACACAAUGGCUUCAGGAAGAUAAGAGCUUAUUUCUAUCUCACAUCAUGAGAUCGAGGUGAGUGCUGCUGGGCUGCCUCUCUUCCUUGCGGUCAUCUAGGGAACCAGUUUUUCUUUGUCUUCUAGUUGACCAUCCUGGGCACCUAGGCUAUUGUUCUCAUGUGCAUGGAGGCAGUGAGGUUGUUCCCAUGCUGUCCUUUCAGUCCCCGGGUAGGGGGAGAAAUGGAGGGCAUGCAAUUACCAUUUAUACAAAAGCGUAGGAUUUGCACACAUCAUUUCUGCUAAUAUCAGUUCACGAAAACUUAGUCACAUGGCCGCACAGGGAAGCUGGGAAAUGUCUGCGACCAUGUUGCCACGUCCUUAUGUAUUUAGAGGUCUCUAGUGCUAAAAAGACGUAGAGAGUGGAUAAUGAGGGAUGAUUGGUAGUCUACACAUGGGACAAGAUGGAGGAGCCUCCCUUAAGCAGGACAAGAAACACAUUAUUGUAACUAUAGGAAGAAAGAAAUUUGGUGCAGCUGUAGGUUUGGCAGACAACAGUUAAUAAAAGAAUAUGAAUAAAUUCCAUAAUAUAAUAUCUGUCACAUAGUAGGAGCUGAAUAAAGGUUAACUAUUGAUGACGAUAAUAAUAAUAGCAAUGUGUCUAAUAAUAUAAUUACCACUUAAUGUGAUUAAGUUACUAGUUCUAGAAGUUGAGAUCUUUUAUAUUAGGUGAAUGAGUAUAAAAUAUCUCUUGAGUAAAGAGACUUAUCUACAUUUUUAGUUUUGAAAUUCUCACUACUCCUGUACCUUAUGUUGCUUUCCCAGCUAGCAGAGAGUUACGGCCCUGUGUUCACUGUGUACUUUGGCAUCAAGCCCACUGUGGUGAUAUACGGAUAUGAAGCAGUAAAGGAAGCUCUAAUUGAUCAGAGUGAGGUGUUUUCUGGCAGAGGCCCUUUCCCAGUGCUGGACAAAUCCAUCCAGGGAUUAGGAAUUAUUUUCAGCAACGGAGAGCAGUGGAAGCAAGUCCGGCGUUUCUCCCUCAUGGUUUUGCGGAAUAUGGGCAUGGGGAAGAAGAGUAUUGAAGACAGAAUUCAAGAGGAGGCCUUGUAUCUGGUGGAAGCAUUAAAAAAAACCAAUGCAUCUCCCUGUGAUCCUACUUUCCUUCUGGGCUGUGCUUCCUGCAAUGUGAUCUGCUCUGUUGUUUUCCAGAAUCGUUUUGAGUAUGAUGAUGAGAAAUUUUCAAUCUUGAUAAAUUAUUUUCAUGAAAACCUCCUAAUUUCAAGCAACUCCUGGAUACAGCUCUGCAAUGCUUUUCCUCUUUUAAUACACUUUCCAGGAUGUCACAAUGUGUUACUUAAAAACAUUGCUAACCAAUGUAAGUUUAUUGUGGAAAAAAUAAAAGAACACCAAGAAUCCCUGGACCUCAGUAACCCUCGAGACUUUAUUGACUACUUCCUGAUCAAAAUAGAAAAGGAAAAACACAAUAAACAGUCUGAAUUUACCAUGGACAACUUGAUCUUUACUGUCUGGGAUGUGAUUAGUGCAGGAACAGAGACAACGAGCACCACCCUGAGAUAUGGACUCCUGCUCCUGCUGAAGCACCCAGAGGUCACAGCUAAAGUCCAGGAAGAGAUUGACAGUGUGGUUGGCAGAUACCGGAGCCCCUGCAUGCAGGACAGGAACCACAUGCCUUACACAGAUGCUGUGGUACAUGAGAUCCAGAGAUUCAUUGACCUCGUCCCCAACAGUCUGCCCCAUUCAGUGACUCAGGACACUAAGUUCAGAGAAUACCUCAUUCCCAAGGGCACAACCAUAUUAACAUCUCUGACUUCUGUCCUGCAUGAUGACAAAGAGUUUCCCAACCCAGAUCAGUUUGAUCCUGGCCACUUCCUGGAUGAAAGUGGCAACUUUAAGAAGAGUGACUACUUCCUGGCUUUUUCAGCAGGAAAGAGAGUUUGUAUUGGAGAAGGCCUGGCCCGCAUGGAGCUGUUUUUACUACUGACCAACAUUUUACAGCAUUUUAUGUUGAAAUCUGUGGUUGAUCCAAAGGACCUUGAAACUGCCCCAAUUGUCAAUGGGGUGGGUGCUGCACCGCCCGUAUUUAAGCUGUGCUUCAUUCCAGUCUGAAGAAAGGUCAGGCCUCAUGUGAACAAGCCAGAUGCUUUCUGUCCUGUGUGUUAGCUGUAUGACAUUCCUGACCCUGUCUCUUCUAAUUUUCCUCAUCCUUUCAGAUUCAGUUCAGAUUUCCCCACAUGGAACAAAAACUCACUUUCCAAUAAAAUUCUUUUUGUAAUUGUGAGAUCUUAA